UUCCUGUGAUCCCUCCAUCUUCUGUCACUCCCCCAGCCAUGUGGCUGUACCUGGCAGUCCUCGUGGGCCUGUAUUACCUUCUGCGCUGGUACCGGGAGAGACAGGUAGUGAGCCACCUCCAAGACAAGUAUGUCUUCAUCACGGGCUGUGACUCUGGCUUUGGGAACCAGUUGGCCAGGCAGCUGGACCUACGAGGCUUGAGAGUGUUGGCUGCAUGUCUGACAGAGAAGGGAGCCAAGCAGCUGAAGGCCAAGACAUCAGAUAGGCUGGAGACCAUCAUCCUGGAUGUCACCAACACAGAGAACAUUGCUGCAGCCACCCGCUGGAUAAAGGAGCGCACAGGGGACAGAGGUCUCUGGGGCCUGGUGAAUAAUGCUGGCAUCUCUGUGCCCACGGCACCCAAUGAGUGGCUGACCAAACAGGACUUCAUAAAGAUUCUCAGUGUGAACCUGUUGGGGGUGAUUGAGGUGACCCUGAGUCUGCUGUCCCUGGUGAGGAAGGCGAGGGGCCGCGUGGUCAACGUCUCCAGCAUCUUGGGUCGUUUAUCCUUGCUUGGUGGUGGCUACUGCAUCUCCAAGUAUGGCGUUGAGGCCUUCUCGGACUCCCUCAGGAGGGAGCUCUCCAAAUUUGGGGUGAAAGUGUCUAUCAUUGAGCCCGGAUACUUCAAGACUCUUAUGACCAGUACUGAGAUGAUUUCUAAGAGCUUACAGGAGUCGUGGGAUCACACCUGUCCAGAGGUCAAGGAGGCCUAUGGGGAGAAGUUUUUGGCAUCCAGUGAGUGAGCUGUACAUGAAAUUAAUUGGAUUUUGGAUAAAAAUUGCAAGAAGGAUCUAUCCUUGGCGACAGACUGCAUGGAACAUGCUUUGACUGCCUGCCAUCCCCGCACCCGAUACGCAGUUGGCUGGGAUGCCAAGCUCAUCUACAUUCCCAUGAGCUACAUGCCCACCUUCCUGGUGGAUGCCAUCAACCGCUGGAAUACCCCAACACCUGCGAAGGCUGUGUGA